GCUUCUGCGGAACCCUCCAGGCCCCUCCCGCCCUCCUGGAGCCGCCAGAGAUGGAUAUCGGAUCCCAAGUGGAGGAACCAGAAAGGGAUGUCAGGGUUGGACCCUCUGGACACGUCACUGCCCUGCCCACACCUCAGUUCCCGGAAGUUGCUGGCACCGCGGCUUGGCGCAUGCGCACUGCCUGUGUGGGCCGCGUGGAUGUGACGCACACGUGACACGCUCAGCCGGACCCCACGGAGGUGUGUGGAGUUGCGGAGCCGCGCGCACAUUCAUGGUGAUUCCCCUCGGCCUCUUUCAGAAAUUAGUGUAAUGUGCAGGGCAACACCUGCUUGCGAAAGUCCCACGGGCACAUGCAAACACCCGCGCAGAUCGUUACGCUGUGCCGGUGUGAAUAUUCGGAACCGGGAGAAGCUAGAAGUCGGUUGGAAAGGGAGAAAAGCCUCCAGACUGUUCUGGCAGCCCUGAGAACGGAGCGUUCAGCUAUUACUCCCCACUCAGUUUAGUUCCUUGUGGAGGAUAUUUGCGAGGACAUAGAAUACCCGGAAAACUAGGAGAUAAGGUUUUCCUAGUUUUUAAUUGCUUUCCAGCCACUACCCCUGCAGUGCAUCGGGAAAGGGAAUGGGUGUCGGAAAGGGGAAAAUACUGGCCAGGUGUGGAGACAAGCUGUGGUCCCUGCCAGGCUCCUUCCUGCAGGCAGUUCUAGGAAGGCUGUCAGCUGCUCUUUGGCUUCUCUCUUCGGGAACAUCAGCUAGCCUGUCCCCUUUCUAAUUCUCGACCCACCCCCUUGACUGCCAGCCAUCUUGUAAAGAAAUGCUGGUCUGGGACCCCCCUUUCCCUGAUAGCCAGCUGGGUCUGGGUAUGCGUUGGUGUGAAAAUUUGAGAACUUCGGUCUGGCCAACCUGCCGCACAACUGAGAUCUGAGAAGUGGGAUGCCAAACAGCAAAACUGCUGACCACAUGGACCAUCACAGGAAAAAUCCCCCAGCAUGUGGGGACCUUAGAGAGGGGACAUCUCGUGGUGACACAGUGGUGUUAGGGAUAUGGGCGGCUGGACUUUAUUACCUGGCAGAACUGAUAGAAGAAUACACAGUGGCCACCAGCAGGAUCAUAAAAUACAUGAUCUGGUUCUCCACGGCUGUGCUGAUUGGCCUCUACGUCUUUGAGCGCUUCCCCACCAGCAUGAUUGGCGUGGGCCUCUUCACCAACCUCGUCUAUUUUGGCCUCCUCCAGACCUUCCCCUUCAUCAUGCUGACCUCGCCUAACUUCAUCCUGUCUUGCGGACUAGUGGUGGUGAAUCAUUACCUAGCAUUUCAGUUUUUUGCGGAGGAAUAUUAUCCUUUCUCAGAGGUCCUGGCCUAUUUCACUUUCUGCCUGUGGAUAAUCCCAUUUGCAUUCUUUGUGUCACUUUCGGCUGGGGAGAACAUCCUGCCCUCCACCAUGCAGCCAGGAGAUGAUGUCGUCUCCAAUUACUUCACCAAAGGCAAGCGGGGCAAACGCUUAGGGAUCCUGGUUGUCUUCUCCUUCAUCAAAGAGGCCAUUCUACCCAGUCGUCAGAAGAUAUACUGACCUCCUUGGGAAGGGGAUAUAGGGGCAAGGCUCAGGAGGGCCUCUGUGCUAGGUGGGGGCUGAGACCUCGGAAGGUACCUUCCACCAGACCUGGCUUUCCUCCCCUCAACUCUGAAGCCCCAUCCCCACCCCCUCGGGGGGCUCAGCUUGGCUCAGAUCUGAUGCUGCUAGAGGCAGUAACCUCAGAGGGCACCAGGAAGGAUGACAAAGCUGCUUAGCCAGGAAGCCGAGGCCCCCCAGCCCUCCCCUCCCCCUUCCAAGGUGGGUCGGGAGGUUGUGGCCCAGCUAGGGAGGCAGGGCAGGGUCUGUGAAGCCGGAGAGCAGAGGGUGACAAGUUCUCUGGGCAGGUCACUGUGGGAAGGGGCCAUGGCUUGGCAUGUCCAAAAGAGAGAGUUUUUGCUGUUGAACUGUGAUUUCUGUCCAAGUGCUGAUUCCCAUUUGAAUAAAGAUUCUAGGCGGCACUGUUUGCCUUAAUGCCCUGACAGUUCAUCUUCCUUUCUUCCUGCUAACCUUCUACCCUGGGCUGGACUAGUUUUUCUGCUCCAGGGACUCCCUUUCUAGAUUUGGGUCUUUGCUUUUUCAAAGGCACUGUUCUUGUGGCCCUUAGUGGGAAGAGGGCAGAGGUGAGGUGCUGAGUGUGGUCAAGGAGUGGGGAGUGGGCUAGAGGCCGCCUUUCUUAGGUCAUACAGCUCCCUGUUCUUCUAUCUCUUUUUCCCUGAGGCUCCCUGACUGUCAAGCUGGGGAUAGGAGAGGGAACAGUUUAGGACCGGGUUAGAUUUUCAGAACAUCUACAAUAUCCUAUUUAUAAAUCCUCCUCUGGGGAAAAGGCGUGGUUUCUGGCUGAAUACUAUCUUGAGCUCAAGGAGAAAUGAAAUAAAAAUUGGCUUCCAGGCAGCCUGGGCUACAGCCUGUUUUUUAAGAAAUGGGGCUGGUGGGAGAAGGCAUUUGUCACUCUAAGAGCAAGGUCUAGCCUUCUCUUCUGUGCACUCUUGGCUCCUGGGGAGAUGAUCUCUGCCUUCCAAGAAGGCAGGCCAGGUCUCGGGCACAGAGCAUUUGUUGACCUUGCACUCCAACUACAGUGCCUUGCAAGCGUUCAACAGUACAUAUUGGAAUGAAAUCCCCAUGAGAGCCUUCACUGUUCUAUACCUCAUAGUGAAGCUGGCAGGUGCAGAGGUGGACUGCACACAUGUGGUACCUUUAAGCCACUGGGAAGACCCCUGUGCUUGAAAAUCUUUCCUUUCCAUCAUGCCUGAAGUCCCAUCAUAGCCCUUUAUUUCUUUGGCUUUAGCACUUCUGUUCUCUGAAGAAUACCAGCUUUCCCCUUUCCCUGGGUUGAGCAGCACAUGUUGGUCUUCUCUCGAUGCAAAUGAGGUUGUAAAGUCCUUUUCUCCUAUGCAGAUAGGACAGGCAAGGCAGAGGACACUGGAGGCCAGUGUCAUCCUCUGGAUAGGCUGACAGCUGGCUGUACUCUCCCUUGCUGUCCACUGCUUUGUUCCUCAGCCUGAUGAUGUGUCUUCACUGCCUCCAUUCAUUCUACUGCCAGUGCCCUCCCAGGGGUUGCCAGUGGGCUUGUACUAAAUCCAGCAGACCGUUUCCGUAUCUUACUGAAUCUGGGCAGCAUUUGACACGGCUGAUCACCUCCUGCUUCUUGAAUUGCACUUCCCUGGCACUUCUGUGGCUGGUUGUCCUCCUACCUCUCUGGCUGUUCCUUUCAGCCUCCUGUGCGGGCUUCUCCACUCGCCCCAUGCACAAUGGGGUCUCUCAGGGUUCUGUUGCGGGCUCCCUGGGGAAGCCCAUCCAUGCCAUUGGGUUCAAGGACUCUGCCAAGGAAUCGAGAGUUGACCUCCAGCCCCAACAUCCCUCCUACUUAUCUGAACCACAGUUUGCUGCCUUCUGCAUGCACAGACAAUUCGAGUUCAUGGCCCAGAUGGCACUUGUUGCUGUCCUCUGCAAACCUGCCCCUUUUGGGUGCCUGCCUUAGCCCUAAGAUCACCCAGGAGCCAGACAGGACACCUGCUUUCUAGUCCUGCUUUCUCUUUUUGUCCCCCACAUUCAGUCUAUAAAAACUGUCAAGUCUAUCUUCUUAACAUCUCUCAAUUUGAGCUACUCCCAGUGUCACCAGCUUUCACUUGGAUUAUUGUAACAGCCGCCUGCUUCUCUAUCCCACAGCUGGGGUUGUCUUUAUAAAAUACGCAGUUGAUCAAGUCACUCCCUGGUCUAAAACCUUCCAUGGCUCCCUACUUCCCUCAGGAUAAAGUCCAGACCCCUUAGCAUGGCUUGUGAGACUCAUGGUGUCCUGAUUCCUGCUUGCCUCUCUGGUCUCAUCAUUUGCCUUCUUGCACUCUGGGUCCCCAGCCUCCUGUAUACAGAGAUGCCAUGGCUCUGUCCUGCCACUUGGAUUCCCCUUUCUUCUGCUCACUUUGUGACUUUCUCCGUCAAGUCUCAACUUGGAUUUUAUUUCUUUUAAGGAGCUUUGAGUGUCCCCUCUCCUCCCCCAACCCCACCCAGCAUACCACACAGAUCAUUCUGGGCUUACUUGCCUGCUCUAUGGUCUGUCCCUCCACUAGACUGUAAGCUCCUUGAGGGCAAGGACUGUCCUUGAAUUUUUGUAUUAACAGUGCCAGGCAUGGUGCCUGGCACCUAGAAAGCACUCAAUAAAUGUUUGUUUAAUGAA